CCCCUGCGGGGCAUGUGAGCGAUGGCUGGUGGCCCUGGGGCCUAGACCUGCCAGGGGCCAGCCGGGGGCCAGCCGGGACGUGCACUAGGCGGUGCUAGGCGGUGCGAGAGAGACGCGACAUGGGGAACCACCAGUCCGGCAGGGUACAGCGCAGCUUCAGCGAAGGGGAGGACGUUAACUUCGACCACUUCCAGAUCCUCCGCGCCAUCGGCAAGGGCAGCUUCGGCAAGGUGUGCAUCGUGGAGAAGAAGGACAAGGGCCAGAUGUACGCCAUGAAGUACAUGAACAAGGGCCAGUGCGUGGAGCGGGACGCGCUGCGCAACGUGCUGCGCGAGGUGGAGAUCAUGGCCGCGCUGGAUCACCCCUUCCUCGUCAACAUGUGGUUCUCCUUCCAAGACGAAGAGGACUUGUUCAUCGUGUCGGACCUGCUGCUCGGCGGCGACCUGCGCUACCACGUGAUGCACGACGUGCCCUUCUCCGAGGAGUGCGUCAAGCUCUACAUCUGCGAGCUGGCCCUGGCCCUGGACUACCUGCAGGUCAUGCACGUGGUGCACAGGGACAUCAAACCUGACAAUAUCCUGCUGGAUGAGGAGGGCCACGCCCACCUGACGGACUUCAACAUCGCCACCGUCCUGGAGGAGGGCCACCUCGCCACGUCAAUGUCUGGGACCAAGCCAUACAUGGCGCCGGAGAUCUUCGACUGCGCGGCCGACCUGUGCGUGGGCUACGGCUUCCCCGUGGACUGGUGGUCGCUGGGCGUGUGCGCGUACGAGUGCGCGCGCGGCGUGCGCCCCUUCGACAUCCACACGGCCACCAACCUGAGCGACGUGCGCUCCCUCUUCGCCGCCGGCGUGUACUACCCGUCCUGGAUGUCGCGCCCCUUCGUGGACCUGCUGAGCAGGUUACUCUGCUCCCGGCCCGGCGCCCGGAUCAGCUCGCUGUCCGAGCUCAAGAAGGUCCCCAUCAUGGCCGACGUCGACUUCGACGCCGUGCUGCACAAGAAGAUCAAGCCCACGUUCACGCCCCCGAGAGACCACCUGAACUGCGACCCCACGCACGAGCUGGAGGAGAUGAUCAUCGAACAGCGGCCGCUGCACAAGAAGAAGAAGCGCCUGGCGAAGCAGCGGUCCAUCCGGGAGCCCUGCGUGCAGGACGGCCUGCCCACCGCCGACAUGCCGUCGCCGCAGCUGCUGCUGCCCAACUUCAUCCCCUUCAACCGCGAGCGAGAGAUGGCGCGCAAGGAGCGCGAGCAGAAGGAGCAGGCGUGGGAGCAGGAGCUGCUGCAGGCCAUGGGCGAGUCCGGUGCGCAGGCGGAGGGCGCGGAGGGCGAGAGCGCCCAGGGCUUGACGCGCACGUGCGUGCGGCCGCCCUCGUCGACGGCCACGCCGCCAUUGUGUACAUUGCAACUCAAGUCAAAAGAGGAAGGUUACCAUUUGGAAGGCAAAGCAACAGGAAAGCUUCAUGUCAGGUAG